UCAACAAUCAUGUCAGGAGCUUCUUCAAAUUUAACGGCAAAAAUGAAUACGCCAGCACAUAAAUCUGUUACAGAAUUCGUUCAAGCUCAAACGCCAGGUACGAAAUUCUCUUUUGACGGACCGAGAGGAUCACAACGGUCAAGAUUGUGUAGACAUCCGGAUGAUCCUUCCAAACAAACUGAUUGUGUAGAUAUUGCCAUGGAAGCACGAAGCCUUUUUGAAACAAUGCAAAAGCUCAACUUUUUCUGUCAAUUGCCACAAGAUCCAUCAAAGACGCACAUCACAUGUGAACGUAUUCCGCAAUAAGAGCUUGUAUGCAUUGCCACCCCUGUUAUGCAACCGUAAUGCUCUAUGGAUGAUGGACCGAAGUUUCCGAGUAAUCCUUCCCCAGUAUUGAUGCAAAUUUUGCACAAAUGUAUGGAGACAACGGCCAACAAUUGCAACAAAGUGUACUAUAAUAUCAAAUAAAGAUACAAUCGAAUUGUGUCAAAUGUCUGAAUCUUAACCAUGAUGUUUGUGAGAGACUUUCAAUAUGGGCACGAAAGUACGAUUAUUGCGCAAGAUUACGUCAUUAUUCUUUCCAUCGUUUGUUUGGAAUACAACUCUUUGUCUAAGUAUACAAAGAGAUGAAAAAGUAUAA